CGUAAAGUGAGUGCGUUGCACAUGUGUCAGUGAUUUCGGUUGAAUCAGUUAAUUAGGAACAAGCUUUUUAUUAAAGCAUACAUCAAUAAUAAAAAAAAAUAGAUCAUGGUUUGCAAAGCUCAAGUAUGUCUCGUUCAAUUUAAUAUGCCCUAUGAGGCUAACCAUAAACUUUGGACUGGCAACAAAUUUCCCUUAUAUGUAUCUACACGUGUGAAAGAUCUUUACAACUUUAUCGAAGAACAUUAUCAUAUGCAACCAGACAGUUUUAGAUUGCUUCUAUACACGUCGUCAUGCACAAUGAUUGACUUGUCCAAGAUGAAAGACAAAACGAUGGAGCAGAUUGGAGUGGAUUUUUCAAUUGAUCCGAGUUCACCUGAUAUGAAAAAUACUCUGUUUGUCGUUGAUCCAACAGAACCUUUUGUUAUUGAUCUAGCACCGUCCCGGAAAAACAUGGGUUACAAUUUGCCAACGUUUAAUGUAACAGGUGCACCAUCCCUUCAUCCACGAUGGACUGAGGAAAAUAUUGUUAGGGAAGACGUUAGAGAAGAUGUUAGGGAUGGUAGAGAAGAAGUUAAUUUCAGAAGUUGUAUUAAAACUGAAACAAGUUAUGUCGGUUUAGUCAAUCAAGCAAUGACUUGUUACUUGAACAGUCUUCUCCAAGCUUUAUAUAUGACACCAGAAUUUCGUAAUGCACUUUACAAUUGGGAAUACAUAGAUAGUUUAGAGAAAGAUGAAGCUUUAAGCAUACCAUAUCAAUUACAAAAGUUAUUUCUUAAUUUACAGACGUCUACAAGAUCUGCAGUAGAGACUACAUCUUUAACGAAAAGUUUUGGAUGGGAUUCUACUGAAGCAUGGCAACAACAUGAUAUUCAAGAGCUUUGUAGAGUUAUGUUUGAUGCAUUGGAACAGAAAUUCAAAAAUACAGAACAAGCGGAUCUAAUCAAUAGACUUUACGAAGGAAAGAUGACCGAUUACGUCAAAUGUCUUGAAUGUGGAACAGAGAAAUCAAGAGAAGAUACAUUUCUUGAUAUCCCAUUACCAGUUAGGCCGUUUGGAAGCAAUGUUGCAUAUAACAGUGUGGAAGAAGCAAUUAGAGCAUUUGUUCAGUAUGAAACAUUGGAAGGAGCUAAUCAAUAUCAUUGUGAAAAGUGCAAUAAAAAAUGUGAUGCGCAUAAAGGACUGAAGUUUACAAAAUUUCCAUAUCUAUUAACUUUACAUCUCAAGCGGUUUGAUUUUGAUUACAAAACCUUCCACAGAAUCAAGCUUAAUGAUAAAGUCACGUUUCCGUACGUAUUAAAUUUGAACUCUUUUAUUUCGUCCACAACGAGUCAAGAAUCUCCUGGUGGUGAAGAAGAUAUUGGUUUAGGUAUCAAAUGCGAUGAUAGUUCCACGACAGACAGCGGUACAUUAGAUGAUGAUUGUGCGCCGUGUGACAACAGUCUUUCCAAUAGUAAUCAUUCAGCCAGUCAUGAUCAAGACGAUGAUGAAGGUAUUGAUAUGAGCAAUGGACCAUCGACGUCGAGUUGUACUACGCAUAAUCAUGAGAAUGAAAAAAAUCGCAAUGCUUGUAUGCUGGGAAAAGGUCCAUACACCUAUGAACUAUUCUCAAUCAUGAUUCAUAGCGGCAGUGCAAGUGGAGGCCAUUAUUAUGCUUAUAUAAAAGAUUUCAGAACACAAGAAUGGUUAUGUUUUAAUGACCAAAGCGUAACUCAAAUAACUGACGACGAUAUUCAUAAAACAUAUGGCGGUGGACCUUCGAGAGUGUACUAUAGCGGUGCAUAUAGCAGUAGCACAAAUGCAUAUAUGCUCAUGUAUAGGCAAAUCGAUAGUGCUCGUAAUGCUUUACCUAUGCAAACUCAAGAUUUUCCGCAACACAUUCAGGAGUUAUUAAAGAAAAUGAAAGAAAGUGAAGAUAAUGAUAGAAAAAAUCGUGAAAAAAUGUCUAUACCUAGGUUGAAAGUGUACUGUCAUCAUCCGGUAGAAGGGAAAUUGAUGAAUGUUAAAUUAUUUGUCAUGCCUGAUAUCACUUGGACCGAAGUAACAGAAAAAGCGUAUAAAAAAUUUGGUCUUGAAAAUGUAGUGAGUUUGGAUCAGUGUCGUUUAGUUAGUUAUGAACAUAAUACUGAUUCAAUAGAACGUAGUUACGAUGAUCGAGAGCAUGAAUCUGUUGAAAAUAUAUGGCGUAUUUCACGCCGAUUCGAUUUAUUAUUAGAAAUUCGUCGCAAAGAUCAAAAGUUUGAGACGUAUUUACCAGGUGGAGUUGCAACUAAAGUAUUUGUCAUAGAUGUAGCACGAGAUGAGGUAAUUGACGGUCCGAUUGAUAUCCGAGGUUUAUUGUCGCAAAGUGUUAAAGAAUAUAAACAAACCGUAGGAAAGAUUAUUAAUAUGGAUCCUAAGCAAAUGAAAGUAAUAUUGCAAAAAUUCACGGAAACUAGACCAGUGGAAAAUGAUAAUAGUGAUCUUCAAACUGAAGAAUUUUAUAACACAUAUAAAGUAUUCAUAUCAACGAUGUAUGAUAUAGAUAAUAGUAAACCUUUUCGAGAAUCUGCAGUAUACAGAAUUAUAGAAAAUUUUAGACAUGUUAUCUCUUUGCAUGUUCAGUUACCAGAUACCAGUAAAGAAACAUUGGAAGAAUUGAAUAUCCCAUUAUUAGAUGAUAAAUACGAAGAAAAGGAAAAGUCUGUUACUAGUGGUCCACUUAAAUUCGUUAAUGAAUCAGAUUGGGAUGUUAAUUUGAAAUGCAAUGAAACCCUGAAAAGUUGUGCACGAAUUAACGAGGAUACUACUAUCCGAAAUAUAAGUCCUCAAUUAGGGGAAGCUGAGGAAUGGAAUACUCCUGAACAAAGUAAUAGUGAAGAUAGCAGUCUUAGUGAUAGUGAUAAAACAUUGGUUGGUGAUGCACCAGAGGGUACUGAUAUUGAACCACAAUCAUGGGAUAGCGAUUAUUUUCCUACAAGAUUUGCAAAGCGCAACUAUAAGGCUCAGUUUUCUACUUCAAAGCGAUUUGAAAUAGACUGGGACAUUGAUGAUGACUCCGAUUAUUACUUUAGAGCUACACCAUAUACAGAUAGUAUUCAACAAAAUCUACUUAAAGUAUUAGUGGAUAAAAGAAUGAGAUUGAGCACGUUGAAGAAAGAUUUACAAUCAUAUGUAGGUGUAUCUGUGGAAUAUUUUAAAGUUUUUCGUAUAUCGAAUUCUGGUGAAUCAGAAUGCAAUUGUUUGAUGGAACAGCUUAGUUCAUAUGAGGAUGGUGAGAGGCUUAAUGUGAAACUCGGCCGAGCUUUGCGUAAUGGAGAAUUUAAAGUAAAAUUGUAUCAACUAUUAAUCGACUCCACUGAGCCUUACAAGUUUUUAUGUGAAUGGAUUGUCUCCAGAGAUGUGACGGUUGGACAUGCAAAAAAAGAGAUACUGGCAGAAAUAAAGAGAAAAUAUGAUAUAGAUAUACCAUAUGAAAAAUGUCGACUUAGGAAAAAGUAUUUCAAAACAGCCUCAAAAGUAUUUCUAAACGAACAAAAAUUUGAGGAUUUCCAAUUUCAUUCGCAGUUUGGAAUGAUCGUUCAAGAACUACCAGAUAAAGAGAUAGUGACAGACACCAAUCAGAUUGUCCUGUUUGUUAAAAGGUGGUUACCAGCAAAAUUGCAAUUAGGACAAUUCCAAGAAAUUGUUAUGGAUAAUAGAACUGUUGAAGAACUGAAAAAGAAACUUUCCUCAAUAUCGGAUAUUCCAGAGGAGCAUAUAGAUAUAGCAAAAGGGAAAGGCAGUUUUCCGUGUGACAAUUCUGUGCUUCGAAUCCAAAACGAGCAUGAUUGGAAUGAACAUCACGAUAGUUUUGAAGAUGGUGCCGUCUUCUUGUACAGGGACAAUAGAGAAAAACCAAAACAAUUAAAUGCUGACGAGGUAAUGGAGAUCGCUUUUAAAGAAAAUUCACGCUUAACGCCGCUUUCUACUACUUCGAGUUACAGUCCACGUCGGGAGAGAGCACUUAAAAUAUAUUUGGAUACCGAAUGAUCGUCUAUAGAGAGAGAGCACCAUUCUCCUAAAAAUGAGUUGCUAAAUAGACAUAUAUACGAACACAAAACAUUUUCACAUAAAUUAGUUAUAUGUUGGAUAUGUGCGAAAUCAAUAUUUCCUCAAAUGUUAAAUGUUUUGUGUUCCAGUGAGUCUUCAGCAUUUCAAAGCUUCCGCGUUCCUAAAGUUUUUUGUCUUUUCCUCGAAACUAUUGGAUUUUUGAAAGUGUUUGGAUUCAUGAAUUGUUAUAUAGUAACACAUAAAUCGGAGUCUCGGUAUACAUACUCAUACCUGAUUUCGAGAUUUUUAGAAUUUAUAUGAAGUGUAAAAUAUGUCCAUGAUAUCACCUGGUCUGUUGAAUCAGUUUUCCAUCUCUAGGGAUGUGUACGACAAACCAUAGGAUUUCUAAUCCGACCGAACAGAGGUACUCAGUUGAUGCAUUUCAAAAAACUCC